UGUUAUUGAAUGAUUUAUCAGUCACGUAUAAAAGUAUCACAAUAAGAGAUUAGACGAAACUGAAGAAUAAGAAUAACCAACUAUUAUAAAAAAUAAAAAUGUUUUAUGUUGUUCAUGUUGACAAUUGGUUUCAAUCUAUCCCAGAAAACUGGUUAGAUAAAGAAAACAAAAUUGUCUAUUGGCCUACUGAAAAAAAUUCUAUAAUUACAACAUGGAUAAAAAAACAAGUACCAUAUAAAUCUGAAUGGACAAAAUACGAUUAUGCUUGUUUGUUUGGGCCAUUUGAAAAUUAUCAGGACUGCAAAAUUUUCGAAAAGCAAUGCACAGGUUAUUCUUCCCAAGACGAAAUAUUAUACGACAAAUUCACAAAAAAUAAUGAGCUGUCCCAAAAGCGAUCUCGAAAAAGAAAUCCAAAAUUUGACGAAACUGAAGAUGAACAAAUCUCCUCAGAAUCUGAAAAUGAUAAACAAGCAAAAAAAAAAUCUAAAAUCAUUAGUAUACCAAAAUUACAACCGUUGCCAUCAAAAUUAGAUUAUAUUGUCAUGGAGACAUUAGGUUCAGGAACUACUGUAUCAAAAUCAAACCAAUUUGCAUCAACAUAUGAUAAUGCCAUAGAUAAUGAAGCUUCCGAAUUUAUUAAUAAUGCUACAAAGAAAAUUUGUGACAAAAAUAUACCAACUAUUAUACCAACAACAUCAAAACAAUCAACAACAAUCUCUGAUAAUAUCAGUCAUAAUAUAGAAACUUCUAAAUAUAAUAAUAUUAUAACAAACAAAACUUCUGACACAAUUUAUGAAGAUGAUAAUGAUGAUGAUUUUGAUUUGGAAAACCCAGCAGCAGAAUUGCCUGUACACACUAAACCGAUUAUCAUUUCACUUGAUGCCAGGAAUAAUCCAAUUGACGUUAAUGAAAAUGACAUAAACAUUUCCAACAUUUGUAAAGGUACAUCACAAACAGUUUUGAAUAAAAGGACAUCAAAGACCACAAGAAGUGUCAACAAUAUAAUUGCAAACAGAUGCAAUUGUUGUCCUUGCAUAAACAAGAUAAAUAGGAAAUUGGAUAUAAUAAUACAGCAUAUAUUACAAUCAAAAAAUAGAAACGAAGGAAAUAAUAAUACACAAUUGGAAAAUAUUGAAUUUUGCCAAUUACAAACAAAAGAAGAAUUUGAUGCAUUAGAAAAAUCACUUGCGGAGGAUCCAAAGAAACGAGAACAAUUAAAAACUUUUAUAAGGCAAGAAGGUGGAAAAGACGCUGGAGACCAUAUAAGGCGAGCGAUGAAAAGAAUAAUGGCAGAUCUCUUAGCUGUGCAAUAUUCUUGGAGCGGACAAAAGAAUACUAUCCGGUUUAAAGAUUCAUUUACUUCAAAACUUAUUCUGAAUUCUGUAGCAUCGCUGCACACAUCAUCAUGUAUGAAAAAAAUGGAAGAUGCUAUACAAUCAUGGUUAAAUCACGCAUCGGAUCGUAUAAAAAAAGGAAGGGAAGGAAGAAGAGAGACUCAUGCAUGAUUUAAUAUAAGAAAUAUUGCAACAAAAACUGG